UAGGAAUGUGAAUGACGAAGAAAAGAAUCUGUGUGAUUGAGUCGGCAAAAUAAACUGAAAAUCAGCAACCAAAUCCUCAAAAACUUGGGGGUUUUCUAUUUCCGCGGACGAUUUCGAGAUCAAUGGACAAGGAGAAUGCAGAACCGGCGGCAAAGAACGACAGUCUCUGGAAUUUGAAAUCAAUUUUCUCAAAGAAGACCAGCGCCGCCGCUGCCGAGAACCCGCCCAACGACAAUCCGCCGCUUCCUUUUCUCGCAGCUCACACCAACUCCGUUGUUUCUCGUUGCUCCAAGAUUCUUGGCAUAUCAGCCAAAGAGUUACAGGCCCUAUUCGAUGUUGAGCUACCUGAUAAUCUUAGGCAACCUCCAUCCUAUGCUAGGAACUUCCUUGAAUUCUGCUCGUAUAAAGCACUACAUUUGGCCACCACAAAACCCAAUUAUUUAACUGACAAGGAAUUUUGCCACCUGACAUUUGAUAUGAUGGUCGCAUGGGAUGAUCCUGGUGUUGAUAGUAACCUCAUAGAUAAAGAAACAGCAUCUUGCAGCAAUCAGGACGUGGAGGGUGAAGAUGGUUGGUCAUUAUUUUAUUUCAAUUCAACCAAAAUGGCUUUUCAGGUGGUUAUCACUCAAAUGAGUUCAGUGUUAGUAUUGACUAUUAAGAAACUCAUGCUACAUAUGUUCUGGAAAUUUUUUAUUUAUGAAUUUGUUAUAUCAUAUUACCAGCACCAUUUAUGUCAAUUAUGUUAUUGCAAACAUAAGGUUGAUGACAAGAAAACUGUUGGGCCAGAGGCUUUUGCUCGGAUAGCUCCUGCCUGUCCAAUUAUUGCAGAUGUAACCACGGUUCACAAUCUUUUUGAUGUUCUGACCAGUUCUUCAGGUUCCCGACUUCAUUUUCUGAAAUACGACAAAUACCUUCGGAGUCUUGAUAAGGUUGCAAAGUCAGCACAAAAUGCAUUGGGACCACAGGCCAUUGCCGCUCUUUCACUUGCUGAUGAUGAAAUUAUUAUAGAUGUUGAUGGCACAGUUCCUACACAGCCAGUUUUACAGCAUAUUGGCAUGUCUGCAUGGCCAGGGCGGUUGACAUUAACAAACCAUGCUCUUUACUUUGAGCCUGGCGUUGGUUUAUAUGACAAAGCUGUAAAAUACGAUCUAGCUACUGACAUGAAACAAGUUGUAAAGCCUGAAUUAACUGGACCACUGGGUGCUCGUCUCUUUGAUAAAGCUGUUAUGUACAAGUCAACAACCACAGCAGAGCCUGUGUAUCUGGAAUUUCCUGAAUUCAAAGGUUGCUCGAGGAGAGACUAUUGGCUAGAUAUAUGUCUGGAGAUUCUACGUGCCCACAGGUUCAAUAGGAAAUAUAGUUUAAAGGGAAAUCAGCAAUCAGAAGUGCUUGCUCGGGCGAUUCUUGGAAUUUUUCAGUUUCAUGCAGUUAGAGAGGCCUUCCGCAUCGCAUUGUCCAACUACAAAGCAUUGUUGUGUUUUAACUUGGCUGAAAGUCUUCCAGGGGGAGAUAUGAUAAUAGAAACUCUAGCGAGUCAAAUUGCCCUCAUAACUCCUAGUGCUGGCCAACAAGAGGUUUCUGUUUCUCCAAAUGCAAAUAGACAGCCCAUAUUCCCUGUUGCAUUUCUGACGCUUAUUAGACUAAGAAUUGUUUCACCGAAAGAGGGAGAAGUAAAUGUAGAAGCAACAUAUCCUGCUGGGAAUCUUCAUGUUGGUGUAGCAAAUCCUCUAGAAGCUGUCGUGAAGCAGUUGGAACAGAACACUGGAAAGGCUGAAGCUGCUCAAGCCACUGUGGAUCAAGUGAAAGUUGAAGGGAUCGAUACAAAUGUAGCAGUGAUGAAGGAGUUGCUCUUCCCAGUUAUUGAGAUAUAUAGCCGGAUUGAACGUCUGGCUUCCUGGAACGAUCCCUACAAGUCAUUGAUGUUUGUGGUAAUAUUUAGCUAUUUGAUAGUUAGGGGUUGGAGCAAGUACUUAGUACCAUCCAUUUUGGUAUUUAUAGCACUCGUGAUGCUGUGGCGCAAAUAUUUUUGGAGAAGAAGACAACUGGAGGCAUGCAAAAUUGUAGCUCCUCCUAGUAAGAAUGCAGUGGAGCAGCUGCUACUAUUACAAGAAGCAAUAUCGCAAAUUGAGUCAUUAAUCCAAAGUGGCAAUGUCGCUCUUCUAAAAAUAAGAGCACUUCUUUUUGCUGUUGCACCACAGGCGACGGAUAAGCUGAGUGUGGUGUUGUUUGCAAUGGCUUUGGGACUUGUAUUUGUGCCAGUGAGAUAUGUGAUCUUGAUGGGUUUUCUGGAGUAUUUCACGAGAUAUAUGCCGCUGAGAAGGGAAGAUACUGAAAGAGGGAUGAGAAGGUUGAAGGAAUGGUGGAUCAGGAUACCAGCAGCUCCUGUUCAGAUUGUCAAGCCAGAUGACAAAAAGAGGAAAUGAUCACCAACGUUUUGCUACUUUCUUUAUGUAAAUAUUUUCCCCCAAUGUAUUAGGUUUUGUCUUGGAAAAAUACUAGUGCACCUUUUGGGCCUAGUUAUAAUUUCACCAUUAUCCUGGUGAAAUGUUGUGUUGUAGUACUAUUAUAAUUAUAAAAAUUUAAAAGUCAUGCUAA